AUGAAUGAAUCAUAAGUUUAUUCAAAAAAUUAAUCGAAUUUUUAUUAGUUAAUAGCAAGUAAUUUUUUAGCUUGUUGCUCUAAAAAUGCAAAAAGAAAGAAAACUACUAUAAAUUUAUAAGUUUGGGAAGAAUCUUCUUAUAAUCAAAGUUUAGUUAUUGUUGAAUAAAACAUUUUAUAAAUUAUCCUAAUGAUAACUGAAUAGAAUAACCUGGUUCAUAAUAUUAAGAAAUGA